CUGUAGGACGACCGGAUAACGGGAACCGAGAAGGGGGACAGGAGCAAAACGCGUCAGUCUGACAGACAUAGACGGGGUGCUAUUGUAUAACACGGGCCUUCUUCGGUCUUUUCACUCCAGGCUUGCAGAAGGAGCGGCUGCUUUCUGUUGUGCUUUUGCCUCUUUUCGUUUUUCUCUCACCGCGGAGGCAGAGACGGAGCGCGGCAGCGGGGCUCGGUGUUGCAUCGGCCGCUGGCGGAGGACCUGCACAUGUCGGCGCGGUGAGGGAGCGCUUGUUUCCCCGCCCUGAUACGGUUGGAGGACGGCAGGAGGUGGAGGUUGUGUGGAGGGGUACAAACCGCGACGAGAACAACAUUACCCACCUCUGAGAGAAAAUAAAUAAAUAAAUAAAAACAAGCAGGUGCGGCCGUUUGAACGGUCGAAAGAGGAUCCGUUAAAAACGAGCGAGAAGGACAACAGUGAUGCGGCAGCCGAGGUGGGCCCAGAUUGAUGAUUUUAUGAUAUCAUCAUCCACCGCCAGGACCGAUCACUGAUUUUAUUGAUAAGGAGCAUCAUCGAGGAGAAUAAGCUAUAAACUGACCUGGGGUCCGUUUGUUUGUUUUUGAGCUGGAUAAACAGGAGGAGGUUAAUCGGUGCUUGAUUACAGUGAUUUCUUUACAUAAGGAGCUUUGUGAUCAAUUAUAGAAAUAAAUAUCCAAAUUUAGGCCGAUGACUUAGUCUGUGUGUGACGCCAAUACAGCAGCAGAGAGGCGUGUGUGUAUGUGUGAGGAGACGCGCCUGUCUGAGCAUCAUCUGGUAGCUGCACAGGCUACUCCUCCACUGGGAUGAUACACAUGCCAUUUUUCAUCUGUGCGUGAAAAACUGAAGAAUCAGGGAUGCUGCUGAUGCUGCUGCCAUUUCCUGUCCGGCUCUGAUAGAGACAGCGAGGCGCACAGCACGGGACUGGACAUCCAGAAAAUAUCUCUCCUCACCUCUCCUCCGCCUCUGCACCUUCUCCCCCCUUUAUCUCUCCCCCCUCUCCUCCUCCUCCUCCCUCCUCUUCCUCCUUUUCCUCCACCACCCCGGAGCGUCUAUUCAUUCUGAUCAAUUGAUAAUCCAUCUGUGAUUCAGAAAGCCACCCACUCCUCCAUCCUUACCUCCAUCCUCUCCUCCAUUCACCCAUACAGUCUCAAGCGCCUCUUUACGCACUCACACGCGCAAAGCACGCACGCAACAACACCACCACCACCACCGCAUCACCACCACCACCACCGCCAUCUACAGCUAUCAUGGAGACGACCAAGCUGCCUCCGUCCAGCCCGUCCUCGCCGACCACCAGCUUCUCGGUGCCGUCCGCGGAGAAGGUGGACGGCUUCCCGCGGAGGUCGAUGCGCAGAGCCCGGCAGAGGAGGUCCCACAGCUCGUCCCAGUUCCGCUACCAGAGCUCCCAGGUGGAGCUCACCCCACUGCCCCUGCUCAAAGACGCCCCGGUGGCAGAGUUACAUGACCUGUUCUGUAAGAAGCUGCAGCAGUGCUGCGUGCUGUUUGAUUUCCUGGACUGCGUGGCCGACCUGAAGGGGAAGGAGAUCAAACGUGCGGCGCUCAACGAGCUGGUGGAGAGCGUGGCCACUAGCAGAGGAGUCCUCAUAGAGCCUCUGUACCCAGAGGCUAUAAAGAUGAUCUCGGUAAAUAUCUUCCGGACUCUUCCACCCAGCGAGAAUCCAGAGUUCGAUCCUGAGGAAGAUGAGCCAACACUCGAAGCCUCCUGGCCGCAUCUGCAGCUGGUGUACGAGUUCUUUCUGCGUUUCCUGGAGAGCCCGGACUUCCAGCCCUCCAUGGCCAAACGCUACGUCGACCAGAAGUUUGUCCUGCAGCUCCUGGAGCUGUUUGACAGUGAGGACCCCAGGGAGAGGGAGUACCUAAAGACCAUCCUGCACCGUGUCUAUGGAAAACUACUGGGCCUCCGAGCCUACAUCCGCAAACAGAUCAACAACAUCUUCCUCAGGUUCAUAUAUGAAACUGAGCACUUCAAUGGAGUUGCGGAGCUUCUGGAAAUCCUCGGCAGCAUCAUAAAUGGCUUUGCCCUGCCCCUGAAGGCCGAACACAAGCAGUUCCUGGUUCGGGUCCUCAUCCCGCUACACACGGCAAAGUCCCUUUCCAUCUUCCACGCACAGCUGGCCUACUGUGUGGUGCAGUUUAUGGAGAAAGAUGCUACAGUGACUGAAUAUAUCAUCAGAGGGCUGCUCAAAUACUGGCCAAAAACCUGCACGCAGAAAGAGGUGAUGUUUCUGGGGGAGAUUGAGGAGAUCCUGGAUGUGAUCGAGCCGUCUCAGUUCAUCCGGGUCCAGGAGCCACUCUUCAAACAGAUUGCAGCCUGUAUCUCCAGCCCUCACUUCCAGGUAGCGGAGCGGGCUCUUUACUUCUGGAACAACGAAUACAUCCUCAGUCUGAUAGAGGAGAACUGUCAAGUCAUCCUGCCGCUGGUAUUCGCCACCCUCUACAGAGUCUCCAAGGAGCACUGGAACCAGACCAUUGUGUCUCUGAUCUACAACGUGCUGAAGACCUUCAUGGAGAUGAACAGCAAGUUGUUUGAUGACCUCACUGCCUCCUACAAAGUGGAGAAACAGAAGGAGCUGAAGCGAGAGAGGGAGCGUGCAGAUCUCUGGCGAGGCCUGGAGGAGCACCAGGAGCGCCGGAUGCAGAUGCUCACCGAGGCGGCGAGGAACCAGCGCAACCUCCAGGAGCGAGGCGAGAGAGGGGACCCACCGACCCCUUCGUCCCCGCAGACGGCUCACUCCGACCAGCCCGAGCCCAAGCCCAGCGGGGCCUCCUCUUCCUCCUCUGGAGCCGGGGAGAGCGCCACCUAGGUGCUGCUCCACACAGAUUGGAUAGCACGGGGGGUUAGGGGACAGGGAGAAGACAUGAGGCUGAUGGUGAAAGUGUUGGGAGAGAAAAGGUACAAAACAAAUCCACUGUUCUUUUUAUCUUGUAUCAUCGAGGGCGUGGCUUUUUUUAAAAAAGCGCACAAACUCAGUGAUCUGAGGUAAAGACUGCACCUUUUUUUCUGACAGAGUUGUGUGAAACUGGUUCACUUUUUGCUGUACACACAUUAUGUUGCAGAUCAGAAGAUGAAUAUUGUCCAAAAGUGCAGACUGUCAUUUUAACUAGUGGCUGGUUUAUAAACUGCAGGUCAGUAUCCAAAACUGGUAGCUGGCCUGCUUCAAAUCAGCCUCAAAAUAAGAGAUGAAACUUCUCUUUUGGUGCAACACUAACAAAGUUUAACACGUGUCUAACUCGUCUUGAUAUUUAACCAACCGAGUUUGAGUCUGUACUGUGGCCUUGUAUUUAUCUUUUGGUCAGAGAUGCUUAUUUCUUGCGUGGAUAGCACAAUACAUUAAUAAACAAAAGAAGCAAUUUCACACAAAUGUCCCAAAACUAUUGACGCACAGACCAGACACACAAACCGUUACACACACACACACACCGACGCAGGUACAUAUUUACUGUAAAUAUGAGUAGACAGAGCUACAGAGUGAAAGUGUAUCCAGGUCAAACAAAGCUCACACACCAACACUCGAUUGACGCACCAAAAUAUUUCAAACUUUUUUUUUAAAAAUAAUUUACAUAGACACACACUCACAUACGUACAGACUCACACACUCACACACACAGCUGGUUCUGGCGCUAACUCUCCCAUUCUGUCGGGUUCCACCAAAGGACGAGCCUAAAGUCCCUCAAGGUUAAAUAACCACUGUUGAAGAUGACGAUAAUGAUAUAAAGUACAAUACUGUUCCUUCUUCUUACUUGUUACUCUACUACUACUACUCUACUCUACUCUAAGUACUACUGAUGAUGAUGAUGAUGAUGAUGAUGAUAAUGUUUUUAUAUAUAUACAUAUGUCUCUGGAUAUUUCUGUAGUGUAUUAUGGGAGAAACACUAGUGUAGCAGAUACCAUAAAGGGGAAGGCCGGCUUGAAUUCUGGAUUCACAUCACAUGUUAACUGUAUGAGGCCAUAAUGUGAGUGCUGAAAUUCAGCGGAAUUCCCCUUUAACAGACCUUAAAGAGGGGAGGAAUGAACUGGAUUGGCUGUGGCUGUUUUUCUUUUAUUUUGAAAUUUUGGGGUGUUUGUGGUGCGUUGGGUGAAUUCUAAAGGGGUGUUUCGUAAAAAAAAAAUCCAAAACAUUCCAUGUUUAAAGAUUUAUUUAUUUAUUUAUUUGUUUGUUAAAGGUGCCCUUUGGAGAUUUUUGCAAACAAAAUUAUGUUUACAUUCAGUGUUACACACCAAAACACAUUUUGUGUAUGUCUUGAAUGCAUUCCCUUCAUCAUAAGACAUUUGUAAAGUUGAUUUUUUAAAUUAUUUUAACUCUUGCAUUGUUUACAUAAAUGUUUACUUGCUCGCAAAUCUCUUCUUCGAUGCCUUUGUUGGCGUAUUGAAAAGUUUCUUUGCACCUUACCGCCAUCAGUUUCUAAUCAGUGGAAUAACAAAAACAGUCAAGUGCAUCGUCCAUGUGCCCAUGUGCAUACAUGUGAAACCUUUAGCGCAAUACAAACAUAAUGGGGACCCGCUCAUAAAAACAUUGCUCUAUAGCACUACUAGUGGUCAAAAAUGCCACAGGGCACCUUUAAUUUUAAAGAAGUGAUGAUUUUUGGGUGAAAAGUUUUACAAAGUCAUUCAUUUUUCCUAGGUUACAUUGUGGAAAAUUGAAGUUUAGAACCCCCCAAUUUCUUACCAAAAAUGUGUCCAAGCAGACGAGUAAACCCCACCCAGCCCAGAGGUUACUGGAGGACAAAUAAAGCGCACCACAAGUGUUUCAGACCAAAAGAAAAACACAUUAAUCCAGUUGGAUUUCUGAACCCGGAGCGUCUGUUCCUUUAGGCUCAGCAGACCUGAUGCUGCUAGAUGGCGACCAUGACGAUGAUAACUUUUUUUCGGUGUGAACCAAGAAAAAUCUGUUUAUUCUUGUCUGAUCAUUACGAUAGAGUGACGGGAUAAAGAGUGGGGGGGUGGGAUAAAACAGAAAAAAAUUAUUUUAGCAAUAUUUUCAUUCUUUCAGGAUAAUCUGUGUGUUUUUAGGGGGUUAAACAGGAAGUGGGUGUCACACUCAAAUGUUUACCCCCCACUCUUGUUUUUACUCCUGUUGCGUCCUUGAUAUUCACAUUGUCUUAAAGGUACUUUCUGUGUAAAAUUAUUUGAUGAAAAAUGAUUUUGCUUUGUAAUUAUGUUGUUUUUUUUCUUGGUUUUUGUAUGAUCUUGUUCAUUUUGUGGAAAACUGAUACUGAUGCUAUUUAUUUUCUAUUUGAUCAGGAAAUGUAACCUUAUUUGAAGAUGGUCAGGUUGUGUGUGUGUGUAUGUGUGUGUGUGUGUGUGUGUGUGUGUGCGCGCGCAUCAGUGUGUAUCCAGUGAGUGAAUCAGUGAGCAGGAGAUGUGCGUAGACAGAGCGAUAGAGAACGAGAGAAAGCAGCUCUCUCUUUGUUUCUUUUUCUCUCUCUCUCCUUCUCUCCUUCCUGAGGGACAGGGUUUGAAUCCGAAUGUAUAGUGAAACAAAUCGAUUGAUUGUUUUUUUGACGCUUGAGACGCAGAGCUACCUGUCGGCUGCUUCGUAACCAAACAUUCAGAAACCCUUCAGACCAGCAGUUUUUCAAAACACUCACUUCAAAUCAUGCCUGAGUCAACAAGGUUUUGAAAUCCAUUUGACUUGCAGCCCUCAAAAUGGUAUUUCAAGUUUUAUUGUGCUGCUGAUGACUGAUUCACACCCAAUCUGCCAUUGCUUCUCUGUACAAAAGAGGUUGUUGCUUUCAAACAUUGACACUGCAGCUUUGCAUUUCAUUUCAUUUGCAGAUGUUGCAUUCAACAUUCAGGGUAUAACUUCCAACACGUUUGUCAGUCAAACCAAAUAUUUUCAAAUUUGUGCAUAAAAGUUCGGUGCUGAGUUUGGAAACAGUAGUUGUAGUGACAUUAACAACGUCAAACUUUCUGCAGCUUGUCACAUGUCAUGGUCUUCAUCUGGGAUGGCAUUGCUCGGUUGUCCUGGAGAUGUCUCAGUAGUCAUUAUAUGACUGAAGUAUGGAACUUUUGUACCAGGUGUUUAGAGUGUAUCAUGUAGCGAUGCAGAUGGUUAAUCGUUAAUCGAUCAACCCUAGAGAAUAUUUUCGACUGGUCACGCAUGUCGGUCUAUAGCUAGCGGCGCCGCUCAUUCAGCAGUUACCACUAGUAAUACCAUCCCAACUUAACAGCAUCGCUGUGGAAACAUUGUUGCCCACCCUCCACUCCCCCACACCCAGGUCACCCUGGUGAGUAAGUGGGUCAAUUUUGAGCCGCAAACCCUCUUUAGUAUUGUUAGCACCCACCGUUAGCUCUGCAGUGUGAGCACGGUUAGUGAUGCUAAUAUAGUUUACAAUGCUAAAGGUAUUUUACGGCUCAAAAUGAAACCACUUAUUCACCGGGGCUACCUGGAGGCGGGGACUGGAGGGUGGCCACCAUGUUUUCAUACAUAAUGCCAAAUGAGUGACGCUGUUAGCUUGUUCCCACCCAACCCAGGGCAUGCGCAGUGCAGAGCGGCCAAGGCUAGCUAACUGGAAGUCGGGCAGUGAGCACUAUGUUUCAGCAAGUUAACGUGAUUGGCCAUCUAUCUUGUCAGCAAAGUCAAUAGUAAAAAAUAGGGGGAAAGACAUUUACAUCACAAAACAUACAAUUUUACCACCCUUUAAAUCGAUAAUGCAUGAAAUGCAGCGCUUAAGCUCAGUGAGUUAACAGAACGCAUGAACUCAUUUUGCAUUUUUUCUUGAAAAUUAACCAGUUAGUUCCCGUGUAUUGAGUGUCGGGUAAGGGUUAGGGUUAGGGGCUAUUGAAAGAAAACUUAACCGAAACUGACAUCCCUAGUAAACUCCAUCUGCUGAUGAAGACUGUGAGAUAAGAUUGAAAGCUCCAGAAAACGCUAGAAAUUCGAACCUGGGUUACCAUCAUUACACGUGCUAGUGGUUCCCAACUAUUUGGCUUGUGACCUCUUAGAGCAAACAAUGCCCCCCUGACCUUCAUAAGGACAUGAGUUGCAAGCAGUUCAACCAAAGAGUGUUUUUCCUCCUUAAAUAGUUUUGAAUGUACGUUUUUUUUUAAAGGUUUUUAGAGGUAAAAGUUUCCAGUAUUUCUCAAGAAAAGAGAAAAAAUUUAAAAAUUAAUAAAGAAAUAAUGUGUGUGUUACAAUUAGGUGCUCAACCUCAAAAAUACAAAUCAGAAGAAAUACGAAAGAGCAAGAGGAAAAUCUGAAAAAUAACUUGUGACCCUUCUGAUUUAUCUCAGGACCCCUGAAGGGGCCCCAACCCUUAGGUUGGAAACCACUGACAUGCGCCUCUCUUCUCUCUUCACACAAUGGGAGUGUUGAAGAAAAGUGCACAAAUUUGCAUGGACGAUGCUCCAUGGCAGCCACAGAUAAUGCAAUGAUGGAUUAGGUGUAAUAGCAGCCUCAUACCAGAAAACACCUGAAAACCUGCACCUGCAAACACCAUCUGGCUGGCAUGCUGAAGAGAAGAAAAUCCAUUUGGUUGGAUUUCAAACGUUUUGAUUCAGGCACUCAAAAAACACAACUGAAAAGAGACAAAACUUGACCUCGCUGUCAUAAAACUCAGCUUACUUAAUGAUUUUUGUUUUGGCUCGCUUACACACAAACCCUCUUGAUUGUUAUUGUCAGUCAGUCAGCUGACUCGGGAAAAACAGAACCCCAGCUCCCACUGUUCUCGAAUUCUCACUUGUAUUGAUCAAUAGUAAUAUUCCUCCUUCUAGAAUUCUGUCGUACGUUCUAGAACUGCUCCAGAACAGGAAGCGAGAGAAGAGAGAGUGUUCGUAGAGAGAUUGGGUAUCGCCUCACAGACAGCCAUCGAACGCUGGUUUCAUUCAUUGUCACAUUUCCUCUCUGUGGCCAUUUUCAUGUGGCCAAGUGUAAACGUAUGCUUUAAAUCAGAGGGGUGGUGUGAACGGACUCGAUGAAAGCAGCCAGUGAAGAUUACAAAACAGAGGAGGAGAAAGACAGAGGAAAGAAAAGACGUAGAGUUAGACACGAUAGAAUGGCAAUAAGUCAGAGCAACAGUAACAGAAUGAGAAUAUAAUGUUACCGAAACCUACAACUGCAUUACGUAGCAAUUUCACUGAAUUUCUAGAUUUGCACUGUCUGCCCAAUGGUCUGUGUUUGUUGUGUUGAAGAAAAACCUUAGAGAAGAUGAUUAAGACGAUGCAGAAGAAGAAGAAGAAGAAGAAGAUGUAUAUUUUGGGGACCAACACAGCGAUGGGGGGGUUUGAAUGUAGAGAGGCUUACUACUGUACGUAACAUUACAGGGGGGUGUAGAAUGGAGAAAAAAAACUAUGUGCUAAAAAUGAAACUUCACUUUGA